CGUUUAAAUCCGCAUGUGUACGGUAAGUUGGCCCGUUCCACAGAGGAAAGAGAAAAAAAUUAACACUCCCUAUUCUACCCUUCCUACAAACGCUCAUGGAACAGGGAAUUUGAAAUGGGGGAAGAGUUUUUUCCACCCUGCUAUUAUAUGUUUUUAAUUUAAAAGGAUACAACAAAUGUACUUAGUGUGAUUGGUUAUGAUCCUUGCCUGUCUUUAAAAUGGUCAUGGUUCAAAUCCCAGUACAUAUCUUUUUAAUGAAUAAAAAAAAGUAAUUGUGAAGACCAAAAUGUCCUUCCUACUUUCACUCUCGUCGCAGGAAAUUUGAAAUGGGGCUCCCGUUUUUCCCUUCGGUGUAUUAUAUUAUGUGUAGAUUAGGACGCAGUUUUUACGCUAUUCCUCCCCCGAAAAAAUGCUACUUUUUUUUAUAGAUAAUAAUAUUGAUUCCUUCUCUAGCUAACUGACUGUCAACUUGCAAACUAGGUAACCAUAAAGGUUUUGUGAUAAGAGAAGAGUGCCAUAAAUCAUCAAUUUUAGGGUCACCUAAUUUAAUGCACAUAUCUGCCCAACCGGCCAACCCUACACAUUUAAUUUUCCCAACUAAAUUACAGAGAAGUGGUUCCCCAAAAUAAAAUAAAAAAUAAAAAGAAUUCCCCAGGGGAGAAGCACCAAUCACGUGUGGCCGGGACCAAGUUCCUAAACCUGCACCAGCCAAUCACCGCGCGUAACGUGGCGGGUCGGGUUAAUGAUUUUAGAUCCUUUUUUUUUUCAAACAAGUCACGCGGCUAAAUCCUGCCGGUUCGUUAUAAAUCCCUCGAAACAGGAAACCAGAAAAAUGGUAAAGCAGCAAAAGCAAAGAAGAAGAAGAAGCUAAAAACAGAGAGAAAGAGAGAGCGAAAGUAGAGGUGGGGAAGAAAGCUUUCCCUAUCGGAUCCGCGGCCUCGUCACUCGCCGGAGAACGGAAUACUCAUUCUUUUCGGAGAGAGAGAGGGAGUGGGAAAUGAGCGGCGGCGUACGGAGGAAGACGAACGCGGCGGCGAUGGUGGAGGAGGAGGAAGAGGAAGUGAUUACUACUUCGUUCUCAUGCUGCGGCGGCGGCGGCGGAGGAGAUCGGAGGAGGAAGGAGAAGGAGAGGUUCGAGAGGAGGCUGGUGAAAUUCAAGGACCUGCCGGAGUUUUUGAAAGACAACGAGUUCAUCCUCGACCAUUACCGGUCGGAGUGGCCGCUCCGGGACGCGCUGUGGAGCGUCUUCUCCUGGCACAACGAAACCCUAAACAUCUGGACGCAUUUGGGAGGAUUCUUGAUCUUUGCUGGACUGACGGUGAUGAGCUGCUUGGGGAAAUUGGACGAGAUCGGAGGAUUUCUCACUGAUUUAUCGAGUGGUCAAGCUUCUGGACCGUUGAUGGCACUGAUAAUGAACAAUGGCAGUGAUUUCAACGUCUCUGAUAACAGCUUGGUUCCUGACCAACACCUCCGGCGAAUGUCGGAGCUGGAAGCCGGAUCGGAGCCCAUCGCACAAUGGCCGUGGUUCGUCUACUUAGCCGGAGCAAUGACCUGCCUAAUCUGCAGCUCACUCUCCCACCUCCUCGCCUGCCACUCCAAGACCUUCAACCUCUUCUUCUGGCGGCUCGACUACGCCGGAAUCUCCAUCAUGAUCGUCUCCUCCUUCUACGCACCCAUCUACUACAUCUUCCACUGCAACCCGAUCUCCCGCUUCGUCUACCUCACCACCAUCACCAUCGUCGGCGUGAUGGCCAUCAUCACCCUGCUCUCUCCCCAGCUCUCGGCUCCCGAGUACCGCAGGUUCCGGGCCACCUUGUUCCUCGUCAUGGGCUUCUCCGGAAUCGUGCCGGCGGUCCACGCCGUGUCCAUCCACUGGGGCCACCCGCACGUGUUCAUCUCGGUCCUGCUCGAGGUGAUCAUGGCGGUCCUGUAUGCCGCCGGAGCAGGGUUCUACGUCGGGAGGGUACCGGAGCGGUGGUGGCCCGGUGCGUUCGACAUUGCUGGACAGAGCCACCAGAUCUUCCAUGUGUUUGUGGUUAUGGCCGCCGUGGCUCAUAGCCUUGCGACGCUUAUCAUCAUGCAUUUCCGGCAGGGGACGCCUUCGUGUUGAGAGAGAGGGAAACGUUUUGGCGGUCAAUUGUUGUUUGUCUGUAACGGCUGUGAUUGUUUGUACUAGAAAAAGAUUUAUUUGUAAUGUUAUCUCUGACGCUUCAGCUCAAUAGUAGAAAUAAUUAUAGUAGAGCUAGGAAUUACAAUCACGUUGGGCGAGUUUCGUAUCUUAAUAUUCAUACUCGUUCAAUACUAGAUUAUAAGGACCAUAUCAAAGAUAAUUUGAUCUAGAGACAAUACUCCGCUCCAAUACUCACGAAAAAUUCAGUGUCAUAGAAGUAAUAGCAAGAGCUAGGAGUAACGAUUCAGUAGAGACGAGCUGCGUCGUACCUAAAUAUUCAUACUCAUACACCAUUAGUUGAGGGUUGUAUCGGGUAAAUUUAUUUAGAGACGAUGCUCUAAUCCGAUCGAUAGUCAUCGAAAGUUAACUAUCACAUCAAAAUUAUCAUUCUUAGGUACAUUGCAUUGAACUUGAAAGAGAUAAAUAGAAUUAUUGAUUCGAUUUAUUACUGAGUACCUUCAUGUGCC